AUGUCUAACUAUCAGCAAAUGAAUAAUUUUGAUCAACUGAACCAUGGACAUUCUCAUGGAGAUGACUUUGGGCAUCAACACAUGGUUCAACCACAGGCAACAGUCUUAUGUUGUAAUUGUGGUGUGCCGAUGGACGGAAGUACAGGUUUAGUGAUGUGUUAUGAUUGUAUCAAAUUGAAUGUGGAUAUAACUGACGGUAUUCCAAGAGAAGCAAAUCUGUCAUUCUGCAGAAAUUGUGAAAGGUUUUUACAACCUCCAACAAACUGGAUAAAAGCCGAGUUGGAGUCAAGAGAAUUAUUAGCCUUGUGUUUGAGAAGAUUGAAGGGUUUAAACAAAGUGAGAUUAAUCGAUGCUGCCUUUAUUUGGACCGAGCCUCAUUCCAGAAGAGUUAGAGUAAAAUUGACGGUUCAAGGGGAGGCGUUCCAGAAUGCAAUUAUUCAACAGAGUUUUGAGGUUGAGUAUGUUGUUAUUGCAAUGCAAUGUCCAGAUUGUGCGAAAUCUUAUACUGCUCACACUUGGAAUACUGCUGUUCAGAUUAGACAGAAGGUCCCACAUAAGAGAACUUUCCUUUAUCUAGAACAAUUAAUCUUAAGACACAAUGCCCAUGUUGAUACCAUUUCUAUCAAAGAAACUAAAGAUGGAUUAGAUUUCUAUUAUGCAAAGCAGAAUCAUGCGGUCAAAAUGAUUGACUUCUUAAACUCAACAGUUCCAGUGAAAUACAAGAAAUCUGAAGAAUUAAUCUCUGCUGAUAUUCAUUCUGGUACAUCUGUUUAUAAGUUCACUUUUUCUGUUGAAAUUGCUCCAAUUUGUAAAGAUGACUUGGUUGUUUUACCGGCAAAAGUUGCAAAGCAAAUGGGUAACAUUUCUAGAUUAGUUUUGUGUUCUAAGGUUUCAAAUUCUUUACAAUUUAUUGAUCCAGCAAGCUUGCAUAUUGAAGAUAUGCAGGCUAAUGUGUAUUGGCGAUACUCAUUUUCACCACUAGCCGACGUUACCCAGUUGAUUGAAUUCAUUGUUUUAGAUGUUGAGCCUACAGGAGAAAGAAGGGGAAAAUGGUUGAUGGCAGAUAUAACAUGUGUUAGAGCUAGUGAUAUGGGGGGUAAUGAAAAUGAGGAGUAUUAUAUUCGAUCACAUUUAGGUGGUAUUUUACAUCCAGGUGAUUCUGCCAUGGGUUACUAUAUGAAGAACUCCAAUUUCAAUAGUGACUUAUUUGAAGAGUUGGACACAGAUAAUAUCGCCGACGUUGUUUUGGUCAAGAAACACUAUGUCAGAUCCAACAAGCGUUCUAAGAAUAGAAACUGGAAGUUGAAGAGAAUGGCUAACGAAAGAAAGGAUAUUGUUGCUACUGAAGUCUUGGACUCAAGACAAGCUAGACAAGAACAAGAAAGAGCAGAAAGAGACUAUGAAAUGUUCUUACAAGACUUAGAAGAAGAUGAUGAAUUGAGACAAAACAUCAACUUAUACAAAUCAGAGAAGAAAGUUAACUUUGAGGAGGGUAUGGAGAGCGAAAUUGAAGAAGAUGAAGAUGCUCCUGAAAUUAACAUUGAUGAAUUGUUGGACGAGCUAGAUGAAAUGAAUAUUGAUGGUUGA